GUAGUAUAGGAGGGGGAUUCCGCUGGACGCUGCCCCCUCGCCGAGAUCGGAGCACCGGCUUGAGUACAUAUCUAGCAAGGGACGUCGAAGUGAGCAUGCGCCUGUGAUAGUCUCUAUUUCCUUUUUGAUUCAUAAUUCCGCACACAUAGAACUGUGCAGAGGAGUACAAUGGCCGACAACGUUAAGAAAGACCAUUGGUCUUCAUCGGCUUAUCAACACUCAGCCUCUUUCGUGCCCAAGUUGGCAACAAAAGUAGUCCAAUGGCUUGAUCUAAAAAAGGACGAUGUCCUUCUUGACGUGGGCUGCGGCGACGGCGUCCUUGACGUGGAAUUCGCCAAGAUCCUCGCCCAGGGCAGUGGAUCUCUCCUUGGAACUGAUGCCUCUUCGUCCAUGAUCAACGCGGCAAGGCAAGCUUGCAAAGAUGCCCCCAAUGCAACCUUUCAAGUGAUUGACUCCACGACCCCGAAUGCCUACCAGCGGGAGACCUACACCAAGGUCUUCUCCAAUGCGGCCCUCCACUGGAUCCUGAGUGCUCCAAGCACGCGCGUGUCAACCUUCCAGUCCAUGUACGACGCUCUGCAGGCCGGUGGCUCGCUGAUCCUGGAGAUGGGUGGCCAAGGUAACGUAUGCGAGAUGCGCACAGCCAUUGUAUCCGCGCUUGCUCGACGCAUGCCCAUGGAGAAGAUUAUCGCCGCAGAGCCUUGGUUCUUUCCCAACGAGGCCUGGUUGCAGCGCACGCUUGAGAGCGUCGGGUUCGUGGUAGAGAGGUGUGAGCGCGAGUGGAGACCCACGACCACCGACCGAGGCGGUGUCGAAGGUUGGGUGAGGCUGAUGGGCGGGCAGUGGCUGGAUGUGCUAGAGGAUGAGCAGCAGAGGGAAGAAGUCAUCAAGGAAUGUGCACAGGUUCUGCGACACGUUUGUGGUGGAGAGGGUGGUGACGGAAAGGAGAUGAUCAGCUAUGUCAGGCUGCGUGCGGUGGCCAAGAAGCCGGCCACGUGAGAAUUCC